CUUAACCAAGAUGGUAGCCUUUAACACUUUCUCCAAGCUCUGUGUAGUUGUCGCAUUCGGGCUCUCUGCCACAGUCACUGCUACCGAUGUAGCCCAGGAGCAACCCAAGAAGGAAUCAGUGGUCAGUGGAUCAUUCCGUAAGGGUGAAGAAUCGGCUACGAAACCUCACAAGUUACCGGAGAGAAACAAGACGUACAUUGAUCCAGAAGAGCCACCCAUGUUCUCUAUUGAAUGGUAUCUCUUACCCAAGCCGGAAAAUAGAGCAUAUCUUCUUGAGAAGUUGCCAUUUGAUGUGGCCAAAGACGUUCCGGAGGACUGCGAUGAACCCAUAGAUCCCGCACUGGAAAAACGUAUUAGGAAGUUUUUCUCAUUGAGAGGUUUGAUAUUCACAAGUAUGAGCUCCUAUCCUUUAGAGGUACCGGAACCAGCCAAAUACUCUGUUGAAUGGUAUCUAUUACCCAAGCCGGAAAACAGAUCACGUCUUAUUGAAAAGUUGCCAUUUGAUGUGGCCAAAGACGUUCCGGAGGACUGUAAUGAACCAAUAUUGCCCGUGCUGGAAAAACAUAUUAGGGACUAUUUUUCAUGGCUUGGUCGCGAAUGGUAUCUAUUACCCGAGCCCCAAAGCAGAGCUGCCUUACGUAAAGCAUUACCAAGCGACGUGGCAGAAACGGUUCCAGAGGACUGCGAUGAACCAAUCGAUCCCGAAGUGGAGCAAUACAUUAAAAGGUUUUUCUCAUUCAGUGUUCAGAAGCAGAAGUCAAUGCUUCUACCUUCAUUUUAAUUCCAUUUGUAAAUGAACAAUCGUAGAAUAACUUGAUG